ACCAAUGGCGACGGAGGUGACCGCCGUCGACGGCACAAUGAACACAACCUCCGGAAACGCCACAUCGGAACCUGAGCUGGAACUCUUCUAUUUCUACCAAGCGGAGACGCUGACGUUCCUGUGGAUACUGUUCGCCAUGAUUGUGCUUGGAAAUAGCGCCGUGCUGGUGGCCCUGACGCUCUCCAAAAGCAGAAAGUCCCGAAUGAAUUUUUUCAUCAUGCAUCUCGCCAUCGCCGACCUCGCCGUGGGCCUCAUCAACGUGCUCACGGACAUCGUGUGGAAAACGACCGUCGACUGGUACGGCGGCAACGUCGGCUGCAAGCUCGUCAAGUUUGCCCAGAUCCUGGUGACGUACUCGUCCACGUACGUGCUCGUGGCCCUGAGCAUUGACCGUUACGAUGCUAUCACCAACCCCAUGAACUUCUCGGGAAGCUGGAAGCGUGCCCGGUGCCUGGUGGGCCUGGCGUGGGGCGCCUCGUCUGCCAUGUCGGUGCCCGCGGUGUUCCUGAGCCGCGAAGCCCUGGUCCGGGGCCGGCUCCAGUGCUGGAUCGAGCUGGAGCUGUGGCAGUGGCAGCUGUACAUGACCCUGGUCGCCUGCUCGCUCUUCUUCGUGCCGGCCCUAGUCAUCACCGCCUGCUACUCCGUCAUCGUCUACACCAUCUGGACCAAGAGCAAGAUACUCUCCUACCCGAAGCUGCCGUCCGCCAAGACAGGGUCCAACAACCACAAGACGGGCGAACCUGACUCGGACACCAAGAGGACUAGUUCUCGCGGUGUCAUCCCCAAAGCCAAGAUUAAGACCAUCAAAAUGACGCUCAUCAUCGUCUUCGACGCAGACGGCCAUUGCUGUGUCCACCUUCGUACAGAGCCUGGCGCCGCUCAACAGCGUCGCCAACCCGGUCAUCUACUGCCUCUUCUCCACAAACCUCUGCAGGAAUCUCAGGUCCGUGGGGCUCUGCAACUGCCUGGCCGAGCGCCUGUGCGGCUGGUGGCCGUCGACACCCCGGCGCUCGUGGCGCGAGCAGACUGUGAGCCGACCCUCGGAGUGCAGCACGAUGACCGAGUCCCUGCAGCAGCAGCAGCGCUCCUCGACACGGCUCCAGCUCCGGCAGCACCGCCGCGGCACGCUGCUCCGGAGCACGGACUCGACCGACGCGCACGUCCGGAACUCGCACGUCUGACCCCCGGGACGGCCGGACGUCGGGUCUCCCGAAGGACACAACGGAACGCUCACGUGACGACGGACGCCCUCCGCGAUUGGACAGAGUGCCGCGUGACUCGUCGGAGCAGAAAGCAGCGUCGUCGACGGAAGCGACACGGAGCGGUGGGUGACCGAACGUCCGUCGCUCGGCGGCGGCACUCGACGGAUGGAUGGAUGGAUGUUAACGGCUGUACCCUUGAUAACGGGCGGAAGCUCGCGCCACCUAGCCCAGUAACAGACUGCUCGGACUUCCCAUCGUUGGCACCCCGAGCAAACUUCUCACCCUCGACCCGUCCAGCCAGCCCGUCCCCAACGGUGUGCCCUCCUUCAGAAGGCCUCCUAGACAUCGAGGCCUUCUACGUCACCUGCCGAAGGCCCGAAGGGAGCGAAACAGAGACUGUAAACGUGCACUGCCUCAGUGUUCGGUUUGGGGUCGUGUUUGGUAAAGCCGCAGUCCCACUGCUUACACGUCAUACAAAGGAGGCUGACUUUCUCUGCAGACGCGAUGAAAGAAAUAUAUCAAGCAGGUUCGAAUUAAGCGGGUUUACUUUAUAUGCGAAUUAAGCGAAUUCGCUUUGUACAUGCUUGCAACAUGUACGCAGAGAGUUUUUGUAGGGCCACUAUGACAGGGCCGUCAAACAAAAACAAAAGAAGAAAAACACGCCUCAAACAGUGUUUGCCGAAAGUGUCUACAGUGUUGUCUACGGUAAGCGAAAACACGACUCUCAGCCGAAUGCUGAUGCCCCACUCGUGUCCAAUUCGUCGCCCGCGUUGGCCUCUUGUGGGUGACGUCAGAACUCCAGCUGUAUGGCCUUGUUCAAGAGGAGCUGCUGAGAAGGCGCCCCUCGUCCCUCUCCUGCUGACCGCCUCGAGGCUCCUGGAAUGCGAGAUCCCUCUGCUGUGUUCUCCGUUACUUCGUGAAUGUCACGUGUGGGAUAUUCGUUAACUAAAAAUUGUAUUUUCAUGUGUCCCGGUUUGUGUCCCGGUAUUUUUGUGUGUCC